CCAUCUUUCAACGGCAAACAAGCCUAGCACGAAAACAAAGCGGGAAGCAGCAGUAGAGUGGAAGCCUGCAUUUACUCAGCUCCUCUGUCUCUCUCUAGGGUUUUUAUCUCUCUAAUUCUAUUCCCUCGUGCAUAAAUAACUAACGCUUGCCUUCAUUUUCACGCUGAGUAUCGUUCGCACUUCGCACGGAGAUCUGAGCCUUUUCGUUCCACUGCAGACACCUUUUUUCCCCCUGUGCUCUGUCUCGCCUCUGUUCGUCGUUUCAGCCUGAAUGCAUCUACCUGCAGUUAUGGCACAACCUACAGAGCAGUCAGAAAAAAUCCCUGUUGUGCAGAAGCUGCCUCUUAAUGAAAGGAUACUCUCUUCCAUGACUAGGAAAAAUGAUGCUGCUCAUCCUUGGCAUGAUCUUGAGAUAGGACCUGGAGCACCCAAGAUCUUCAACUGUGUAGUCGAAAUAAGUAAGGGUAGUAAGGUGAAAUACGAACUUGACAAGAAAACUGGUCUAAUCAAGGUUGAUCGAGUUCUUUACUCAUCUGUUGUAUACCCUCAUAAUUAUGGCUUCAUACCCCGCACACUCUGUGAAGACAGUGACCCGAUGGAUGUGUUGGUCAUUAUGCAGGAGCCAGUUCUUCCAGGAUGCUUUCUAAGGGCUAAAGCUAUCGGCCUCAUGCCUAUGAUUGAUCAGGGAGAGAAAGAUGACAAGAUAAUUGCUGUCUGUGCUGACGAUCCUGAAUACCGUGAUUAUACGGACAUUAAAGAGCUUCCACCCCAUCGCUUGGCUGAAAUCCGCCGUUUUUUUGAAGACUACAAGAAAAAUGAGAACAAGGAUGUUGCUGUUGAUGAAUUUCUGCCAGCCACCAAUGCUUAUGACGCUAUACAGCUCUCCAUGGACUUGUAUGCAAACUAUAUUGUGGAGAGUCUUAGGCGCUAAUUUGCCCAACAAUGUGAGUAGAUAUUUCUGCACGGUUUGUUGACCUAUGUGUAAUAUUCAUAAACUGAUCCAUAUAUAGUAUAGUACUUUGAUGAAGACGAAAAUAUCGUAAUAGAUCGACCAGUCUAAAUCAAAGGUGAUGGUGAAAACCAAAUUUAUACCUCCAUAUGUAAAAAAUUUACUGCAAUGUUACUGCAGCAUAUCUCAAUUUUUUUCAUCUGUGUAUUUAGAUGUUCAAUUUU